AUGAUAGGUUCACGAAGCACGUUUCCAUUGGUUUUAAUAUAUUUUCUAUCCUUAAUAACAAGUAGCAUCUCUGAUAAUGUUAUCGACGACGUUGUAGACACUAAUAUAUAUAACAAUACAACUAUUGUUAACACAGCGUCUGAAAAUCAAUUACCACUUUGGGCAGGUUUUGUUGGAUGUCUUGUAGCCUCAAUUUUUUUCGGUUCAAAUUUAUUACCAGUAAAACAAUUUUCAGCCGGUGAUGGAUUUUUUUUCCAGUUUAUAUACUGUGUUACUGUUUGGGUUAUUGGUCUUAUACUUGAUCUUAUUUUGGAUAAUCAACGUUUCUAUCCACUUGUACUUAUUGGAGGUAUACUAUGGACAACAGGAAAUCUUGUUACAGUAUUUUGUAUAAAGACUUGUGGUCUUGCUGUUGGUUUACUAAUAUGGGGAACAACAAGUUUAAUAAUGGGUUGGGCAGGUGGUCGUUUUGGUAUUUUUGGUAUUAAGCCACAAAUACCAGGAAGUAAAGAAAAAGCAGCAAUGAAUUAUAUAUCAGUUAUAUUAGCUGCACUUAGUGCAGUAUUUUUUCUUUUCAUUAAAUCAACAAAAACAGUAAGGGCUCUUCGAAAUUUGAAUCUAAAUGACGAUCAAUCAUCAAUUGAAUUAGAAAAAGCUGAAAGUUUGAAUGUCGAAAAUGAAGAAAAUCUUGAAACUGAUUUUCCAUGUCUCAAUAAAUUAGGUGAUAGACUACAACGAAUAGUAGGUUGUAUUUUAGCUAGUGUAGCUGGAAUAUUUUAUGGACUAAUGUUUAUUCCUGAUCAAUAUAUACGUGAUCACAGAGAAAAUUAUAAACAUAAUAAUGAAUUACCACCUAAUAAUGGUCUUUACUAUAUCAAUUCACAAUAUUCAGGUGUUCUUCUUUCAUCGUUAUUUUAUUUUAUUAUAUAUGCAGCAUUAAAACGUAAUAGACCAUCUAUUAAUCCAUCUAUUGCAUUACCAGCCAUGGUUAGUGGUGCUAUGUGGGCCGUGGCAAAUAUUGGUUUUAUUGUUGCUAUUAGUACAUUAAAAAAUGCAGUUGCUUAUCCAAUUGUUAAUGUUCUACCGGGCGUUGUAACUUCAUUAUGGUCAUUAUUUUUAUUUCGAGAAAUUCAAGGUAGAAAAAAUUAUAUAUUUCUUGGUAUUGGUAUGCUUAUUCGAAUCCUUGCCGCGGUUCUUAGUGGUCUUUCAGCAUAG